AAGGCUGGCUUUAACUUCCUUCCUUGAGCAGAAGAGUACGCGGUGCUGGUGUCCUAGACGAUCUUCCUGAGGACCAGGAACUAUAAGACCCCACCCCUACCUGCAACAGCUACAGCCCUGUUGAGCAGGCCACAGAAGGACCCUGUAAUAUGCCUAAGCCUGGUGUGUUUAACUUUGUCAACAAAGCCACGUGGGAUGCAAGAAAUGCCCUGGGCAGCCUACCCAAGGAAACUGCCAGGAAGAACUAUGUGGAUCUCGUAUCCAGUUUGAGUUCCUCAUCUGAAGCCCCGAGCCAGGGAAAGCGUGGAGCUGAUGAGAAAGCCCGGGAGUCCAAAGACAUCCUGGUAACUUCUGAAGAUGGCAUCACAAAGAUCACGUUCAAUCGGCCCACCAAAAAGAAUGCCAUAUCCUUCCAGAUGUAUCUGGAUAUUAUGCAUGCACUUAAAAAUGCCAGCACGGAUAACUCAGUCAUAACUGUUUUCACAGGAACUGGUGACUACUACAGCAGUGGGAAUGACCUAAAAAACUUGAUUAAUGACGCUGGUGAAAUACAGGACGUAGUAGCCACGUCUACUAAGAUACUGAGGGAAUUUGUAAACUGUUUUAUAGACUUUCCGAAGCCUCUGGUUGCAGUAGUAAAUGGCCCAGCUGUGGGAAUCGCUGUCACCAUCCUGGCACUAUUUGAUGCUGUCUUUGCUUCGGACAGGGCAACGUUUCAUACUCCAUUCAGCCAACUCAGCCAGAUCCCGGAAGCAUGCUCCACAUACAUGUUUCCAAAGAUAAUGGGCCCAACAAAGGCAGCUGAGAUGCUUCUCUUUGGGAAGAAGCUCACAGCAAGAGAGGCCUGGGCUCAAGGCCUUGUCACUGAAGUUUUCCCUGAGAGCACUUUUGAGACAGAAGUCUGGACCAGGCUGAAAACAUAUUCGAAGCUCUCGCCAAACGUGAUGAGAAUUUCCAAAGAGUUAAUCAGAAAACAUGAGAAACAAAAGCUAUACACCGUGAAUGCCGAAGAGUGCGCUGCAGCCCUGGAAAGGAUGCCGAGAGAGGAGUAUGCGAAGGCACUCAGGAACUUCCUGUUCAGAAAGGCAAAGGCUAAGCUAUGAAGACCACCAGAGCGGGCAUGCACUGAGAGUCCCAGUCUCAGGAGCUUCAAUGACACAGACUCCUCUGUGCCCUUGUUAUUCCUAGCAUAGCAGUUACGAGGAGAGUGCCUCAGCUAUGACCAAUAAAAACUCCCAUAAAACAAAGCCUUAUGAGUUUAUGCAGGAUAGCUAGAAUUGACCUGACCCAGAGGGUGAUAGACCUCUACAAUGAAACUUUACAUCUCUGAACAAAGAGAUAUACCGAAAAACUCUAGAAAAUGGAAAGACAACCUAUAGUUCAUGAAUAAAAUUAAUUAAAAAUGAUACUAAAAAAUUAA